AUGGUAGAUGGAGUUUUAAAAUUCAAUCUUCCAGAAAAUGGCCUGGAGGAAAGUACCAGGAGCCUCAGCAUGUACUACGACGGGAAAGGGGAUGCACAAAAACUGAACAAGAGCCUCUUCCUUAAUUUGAAUGUGCCAAUACCAGCUCUUAAUUAUAUCAUAGACGAGAGUAAGAAUUACGUUGCGGGACAUGCCCACUACCAACGGUGCACCCAAGAGACCUUCCGGUACUCCAAGAACCUCCUGGAUAUCAUCAUGAGGAUUUCCCUUCAGCGCAGGGCACUCACGAACCAGGGAUUGUACACUGAAGAGAAAGCGCAUCUACCUGAGGGUAAGAAGGAAACGGAACAAACAGAACGGGAAGAACUAACUGGACAAGGUACACACAAGGGAUACGUUAUUCAAAACGAGCAAGCCUCACAAAAGGGAGAAGGUAUUUUACCCAUGACAGAUGCGCAACAAAGGGUUAAUCAUCCCCAUGACGGUGGCCCCACCAUAGCACACGGGCAAGAUGUAGAUGGCCGAGGUGAAAUGGAAAGGCUAAAGUAUUACCCAGGAUUUUGCAUGCAGCUAGGAGCCAAAGGAAGGAGAUGCAUGUUGGAUCUGAUCCGGAGAGUAUACAAGGAGAAAACCUCCACUUGCAAAAAUAUCUUGGCCCACAAAAUAAAUCCUCCCGCGUGUAUCUCAAACCUUCCAUUUUUUAACAUUAACAUGUUAUGGAAACUGUCGUAUGAAUUUGGUGUUUUUGAGGAGGCCCUAAAGAUUCACAGGAUUUAUGGACAGAGCGCUGAGUCCUUCGAUGAGCUUAUAAAUGGGGGGUACUCCAUGCCGAAUUGCUCCAACUAUGAUGGAGGGUUCGAUGCAGGUGCACCCAAGGUGAGUCACGAGGGUGAAGGUGGAACGAUGGUAAAAAGAGAGUUGAGCGAAGAGAAAUGUGGAGGGGGUGAAGCGCAUAAUGGGAGCAGUACCGACGGAAGACGGGGAUCAGUGAGGCGGAAAAGAAAACGGAUGUGGUGUACACAAGAAGGAAGGAAAUAUAAUUUGAGUGAGGGGAACCCACAAAUCUGUGAGGGGAACCCACAAGUCUGUGAGGGGAACCCACAAAUCUGUGAGGGAGUUCCCCCGAAAGAAGAUGCGAAGGAGGUGGGACGAGUCUGUUCGGGGGGAAAUGUGUCGGACAGGAGAAGGCUCUCCAUCAAGUCUGUUAAAUGGACCAAAUGGAGCGGUCCAGAAGAGCAGACAAGUCAAUGCUUGAAUCCUCAAUUCGGAUUUAUUCCCCCCACAGAAGUGGUAGACACACAAGGGAGAAGCAAACAAUGUAUGGAUGAACAUGGAAGUACCCCCCCGAAGGACACGACGGAAGGGCCCCAUAACUACCACCCUUUAUCAAAUAGAAGCAUUGCAAAAGGAGCGAACUCAAGAGGAGAAGAAAAAAAGGGAAGCACCAUCCCUGAUAAUAACGACAUGGAGAAAGCCCUACCCAAUUUGUUGUUCAAUGAAAACUGUGAGUCCUGCAGGAUGAACAGGGCGUAUAGCAGACGGAGCCUCCAAAAGGAGAGUCGCCAUGAAAAAAAGGAAACAGAGGAAAUAAGGAAUAAUGUGGCGGAAGAGGAAGAUCUAAUGAAGACAUACGAAAUAGAAAAGGAAUUGAAGGUAGACUCUGUGGAGGAAUUACUAUCCAACUUCGUUCACAUAAGCAAUGCAAUAUUACUUCACCUUAAAAAAAAUAAAGGUACCCGUCUUCCCAAGGGAAAAUACAACUUGUUGAGUGACCACUGCUUGUUGUUAAUCCCGAUAAAUCAACAGAAGAAAAGAAAGAUAGUAAGGAGGAAUGCACAUAAAGGAAACGAACCCAGUACACAACGGAGAGUUCAACAUCAGGAUGAUCAUCGGGGGGUAGGAAAAAUGAAAACGGAUCGAAUUCUCCACGAGGCGGGCAUGCCUCAUAACGAGAGAGACAACUCCAUAAUACAUAGUGUUCCAGAACAAAUAAAUGAAAAGUUCAGCCUGACUGAUCUGGGUACCUUUGCCACGCCAAAAAGUUCCACGAAGGAAAGUUUGCCACAGGGACAAGGAAAAAUUGCCAAAUGGAAAAGGCAACGAAGUUGUUCACCUGCAAGGGGGAAGAGGAAGAAGCUGGCAUCUGGGAUGAUGAGUGGGAUAGCCCCCGUGGUGAUAGCAGAAAACAAGCCCUUCGAGAGAACCGGGGGGUACUACAGAAAAUUGCUCCCAUCAGCAGAGGUCCAAGAACGGAUCACAUCGCUACUGGCGAACAACUCGGAAAGUCGUACGAACCGAGGCAGUGACACGGGAAAAACGACACGGAAGAGGAAAACCCCAAGUGACGCACACAGGGAAAUGCAACGAAAAUGA